UUUCCUUGGUUGCUCACUUUCCAAUUAAUCUCAGACUCAUCUCUCUUUCUCUCUCUCUCACACAUCAGCUUCGGUUCGUCUCUAUCUCCCCAAAACUCAACCUUCUUUUGGACUCCUCUGAUUUGUUUAUAAACACAUCAAUUGGCUCUCCUCUUCUUCAAUCUUCACCCACCACACAAUCGCUCUUCUUCGAUUUCUCCAGGAUUACCCCGAAUCAUCCCUCAAAUUCUCAGUCAUGGAAGAAGCUAAGGUGGAAGCAAAAGACGGAACCAUCUCCGUGGCUACUGCCUUUGCCGGUCACCAACAAGCUGUGCACGACAGCGACCACAAAUUCCUAACCCAAGCUGUUGAAGAAGCUUACAAGGGAGUUGAGUGUGGUGAUGGUGGCCCAUUUGGCGCGGUUAUUGUGCAUAAGAACGAGGUCAUUGCUAGCUGCCACAAUAUGGUUUUGAAAUACACAGACCCAACUGCACAUGCCGAGGUCACAGCCAUCAGAGAGGCGUGCAAGAAACUCAACCAAAUCGAGCUAUCAGAAUGCGAGAUAUAUGCAUCUUGUGAGCCGUGUCCUAUGUGCUUUGGAGCCAUUCAUCUCUCGAGACUCAAGAGAUUGGUUUAUGGAGCCAAAGCCGAAGCAGCCAUAGCCAUCGGGUUCGAUGACUUCAUAGCUGAUGCACUGAGAGGCACCGGGGUUUACCAGAAAUCUAACCUGGAGAUCAAGAAAGCAGACGGGAAUGGCGCAGUUAUUGCUGAGCAAGUAUUCCAGAACACUAAGGAGAAGUUCCGUUUAUACUAAGGCUCUGCUCCUUCAUCACAUUCUUCUUCCUAUUAUUCUUCAUGAUGGCAAUUAGAAGAAGUCGAAGAAGAAAUGCACUUGCUUUAACAAAAUAAUCUGUUUCAAAUUGUGAAUUUUAAAUACGGAAGUAAAAAAGAAAAGACAAAAAACUCAAUUUCGGUUCUUGUUGACUUUGUUUUUUGUUUUUCUUCCCUCCAUUUGAAUUGAACUGGUAAAUACUUUCUUCUCCCGUCGAAAUUAAUUUUUAUC